GUUUACGUUCUUGGAAUAUUUUCAACAGCCCGUGCAACGUUCGUCUAAACUUUGCAUCUUUAAGUCCAAUAGCUCGAUAACACGUCUUGUAGUGUUCACCACGUUUUGUCGCACGCUAAAAGGAAUAUGUUGUGGACUGUACUCCUACUCCGCCUGUGCCUGCACGCCGCUCUGACGACUGUGGUUCCAGCCUGUGACUCGAGGCAUGGAUCAGAAUGUAGGAACCGGCGCGUCAACAAGCUGCACGUGUUCUUCCACGGACAUCGCGUUAUGUGUGGUCAACGUCUACGGAAGACACUCACGGCCAGCAGCCCGGUUUUGGUGUAUGCACAAGCAACAGAGGGUAGCCGCUACCUGGUUGUGAUGGUGGACCCCGACGCGCCCUACCACUGCGCACCGCCAGGCAGGAGCCUCGCCGACUUUAUACACUACGCAGCUAUAAUGGAACCACACAAUGGACGUCUUUCGUCAGUGUUUAAUCUCAUUUCCUAUCAAGGUCCAAACCCUCCCAUUGGGGUACAUCGAUAUCAAAUCUAUCUCUACAACUGGUCACGUUCCGGUAUACCGGUGCUCAGAAACAACGCCUCCGUCAGAACUAAUUUCAACAGAACCAAGUUCCAAGCAGAGAACCACUUGGCUAGACAUGAAGCUUUCUUUCAGUUCAAAGUCAAAAAAUAAAACUUACAAACUGAAGUCAGCAGCAAAACACUUUCAAAGCGCGACGUAGCCCAGCUGAUCGAUCCCCGUCAGUGGGCCCCAUUGGGCUAUUUCUCGCCUUAGAAAGGAAACCCGCUACAUUUUUUUCCAUUAGUAAAAAGGGAUCUUUUAUAUGCAUCAUCCCACAGACAGAAUAGCACAUACCACGGCCUUUAUUAUACCAGUCAUGGUGCAUUGGCUGAAACGAUAACUAACCCAAUGGGCCCACUGACGAGGGUCGAUCUCAGACUGACCGCGCAUCAGGUGAGCGCUUUACUCCUAUAUCCCGCCUUCAUUUAACAAUGAAAAACGCUUUAAAAAGUGACUCACGUUGAUGCUGAAGUUUUGUUAAUCUGUAGGUAAUAAGUUGCAUUAAUAUAUAGUUAAAUCAUUAGUUGUGUUUGAUCAAUGAGUCCUUCGAUUAUGUCUGUAUGGAAUGUUAGUCGUAUAAUCAAAGGACUUAUUGCAGUACAACUAGACCAGAUAAUGCUAAAUUCUCAGUUAGCCCUUUUGACUGAAAACGUAUUUGACUGUACAAAGAACAGAACAAUCAGGCACACGUUUGACAAAUUAGCCAUUAAGUAGUAACACAGUGUCAGUUUUUCUAGUGUUGUUUUACCGGAAUGUUAAAUGAAUAACGGAAGUCAAAUGUUG